AUGUUGGUCCAGAUUGUGCGAUUCACCCUAUUGCCGUCCUUGACGCUCGCCUCUCCCGGGGUUGCAAAGCUUCGCCAGCAUGCUUCUGGCGCUGGCGCAUUCCGUCAAUACCAAGGCUAUAUGACGUCAACCCAGUACUUGUCUCUUCCAAAGAACAGACAUGAGAUUUGCUGGAUCAUACUAUGGCACCAGAACUUCACCGCAGCUGACAAACCGGCACUAGUCGGGUUGGAGGGCAUCACCCAGGCUGAACCUACGACAAUGUUGUAUGAUUUCGAUCACAGUCAACUUGAAGAGCUGACACGGGGCAUCGAAGCUCCAAUUUGUGAAUUUGCCUUUAUCCGCCUGUCUCCUGAUGCCCCAUUGUCCGACCCUGCUUUACGCACUUCCAUGCACAAGACAUACACAGACUGCUAUAAGAUGCAGGGAUUCGUCGGAGGGCAGUGGGCAUACUCCAUCAAUGCCGACCACCCCGACGGUGUCGCCGUCUCAGAUAACAAACUCCUCAUUUCAGAAAAGAGGCGCUUGGCCGUGUUUUUCUUGGGAUGGGAGAGUAUAGAGUUACACCAAGAUGCCACUGCAACUACCAUUUUCGCCGAGGAGAUGGAUAAAUUGAAGCCCUGGUUCUACGCUGGAAGUGGUGCGUGGUAUAACAGCUUCCAGAAGUAUGAUUAA